AUGACCGCGGGCAGGAGAUUGAGGCCCCCUAGCCUAAUCGACAAGGCGAUUUCGCUUGUGAAAGGGUUCGAUCCCAAGAAACAGACGGUAGACUCGUACGCCGACGAGGCCACUCAGACGGGAGAGUCUCAUGGCGACGCGAUCUUCCUCAAGCAGGUUCUCUACGGCUGCGUCCGCUACAAGGAGGCCUUGCGCGUGUUCCUCAAGCACUUCUACAACGACAUGGCUAGCAGCGUCUUGCGCAACGACUUCACUCUGUACAUGGUGCUCGGGUACCUCCUAUUGUUCCGUCUCGACGAGCUCGGGUUCGGCGAGUUCAGGCGUCUCACUAGCUCCGAAGACCCCACAAAAAUGACGCAGCUGCUCGGCUAUCUUACCGAUUGGGAGCGUGUCGAGGGCCAGUUGACCCAAGACUGGCUGGCCGUCUUCGACCUCAACUACAUCAACGACAAAAUGGUGGGAGGGCUUCGUCGGGCGAGCGGGAAGAUUGAGGACUACUGCAAGAAACUGUCCGUCAAGGCCUUCAGCCUUUCUCAGGCUCGCGAGGAGGCGAAAGCCAAAAUGGGCCUUGCCGAGGUGGCGGAGAAGUCUUUGACUGUUCCCCGACCCUUCAACCUAACCAAGCCUAGCCUGCGGAAGGUCCCGGAACCUAUGAAGAUUGAGCAGGCCGUUCUUGUUGGCCCGAGCACCGACCGCUUGUACCGGACGAAUCUCGCCGAGGUAGAGUCGGGCAAGAAGGAGCGGCUGGAAGAGCUGAGGCGGCAGACCGUUGCCAAGUACAAGGAGAUGGAGGAGGCCGGGAAGGGGAUGUUCCGUCUCCACGAGACGAGGAACACCCUCGACGCGCUCAGGGACGAGGCUGAGAAAAAAAUCGUGGAGGAACUCCAGUUCGACAAGCGCUUCCCGACGGACGUGCCCAAGUACCCCGAGGAAGGCUCCCAGGUGCGACUCAAUGCGGCCGCUAUCCUGAGGGAGGACGCGCUGCUCAAGCGGAAGCAGGGCCAGGAUGCGAAACUUAUCAAGGCGUUCGAGUCCGAGCUCCGGGAUAGCACGGAGUUCUACCUGUGGCAGACCGAGAUGCGCGACCGAGACGCCGCCAUCCGCAAAGAGCAGGUGGAGAUGAAGAGGGCGUACGCGAAGGCCUCUCAGCAGGCGGCGCGUGACUCGUUGGAGAUGCAGCGAGCGGCCAACAGCGAGGUCGCCGCGCGGGUGAAGGUGGAGAAGGACCUGAUGCAAGAACAGAGGGAGGCGGAGGAGGAACUGGCGGUGUUCAUGAACCAGAGGCUUGUCAAGGAGGUAACCGAGGUGCGUAGCACGGCACCGAAGGACGCCGUGCAGCGAGUUCUCGACGAAAAAAAGUGCGGCAAGGAGAAGCUGUGCAAGGAGCUGGAGGAACUCAGAGCCGCUAGAAAGAGGGAGGCGAAGGAGGAGGAGUUGAAGAAAAAGGAGGCGGUGCUCAAGCUCAAAGAACAGGAUAUACACGAGCACCACGUCAAGGUGUUCGACCCGACGGAGAGCGCCGGGCUGGGGUUGCUCAACGAGAUGUCUCUGGUGGAAACCAAGGUCCGUCUGGAGGCCAACGAGCGGCAGAGAGCGGAGGCGGAGUCGGCGAGGAGGAGAGAGAUUCUCCUGCAGAGGGCCAAGAGGGAAGCCGACCUGAAAGAACGGCUAGAGAGCAUCCAGGCCAGGAGGGCAGCCGCGAAGCAGGCUAAUCGUGAAGCAGCCAGGGAGCGGAAGGAGAGAGAAGCUGCCCAGGCGGAGGCCGAGCGCAUACAGAGAGAGCGCAACAGCAUUGCACUGAUGGAGGAGUUAGAGAGGAAGCGGCUGGCUCGUGAAGCGGAGAUGGCGGUGCUGGCGGAAGAGGAGGAACGGCGUACGAAGGCGGCCCUGUACCUUGGGAGAGCCGCCGCAGCCGUCGAGGAGAAAAACUUCCAACAGAUGCUCGGCGGGGCGGAGAGAGAGGCCGAGAGAAGGCAGCGCGUCGCGAGGUGUCUUGCUGGGCCGCUAAUCGUGUGGUGGUCGAUGGUUGUCAUUGCUGUUGUGUGGUGGUUGUGGUUGUGA